CUAGGCAUAAUAAUAAUACACACCGUCUACUUAUCUACCAGGGCAGAUAGUAAUAAUAAUAAUACCAAUAUCAGAGACAUGCAGAAUGACUGGACCACCAGGCCAAGUCGCGGCUGGCGUCAUUGCCCUUUUUUUUGGUCUUCCGCUUCGACACCUUUCAUCAUAUCUGGAGGGGUUGACUUUGGCUUAUCCAUCUCUUCCUUGAAUGCGACCAUUGCCCUCAUUCCAGUUGGUCAUGUCGUUUGUGUCCGUGAUGCGAUCAGACACAUCCUCUUUUUGCACCUCCACUCCCGUGUUUACUGCCGUUGCCAUUGUUAAAUGAUAGGCAAAAGGUCACAUCAAUGGAGUAAUCAUUUAGUAGCUGUCAUUAGCCACCGGUAAGUGUGAAUGAAUAAUGAUGCUAA